AUGGAUAAUGGUCAGUCUAUUGAGUCGACUGUGCAAUUAUGUCGCAAUGUUAACCAAACGUGUGCCCAAAGUCCACAAUACCAGUGCUGUUUAGGUCACCAAUUGCUUUGUGUCUAUGAUAUGCCCCAAAAACCCGAGUCUAUUGGAGUUUGUUUAAAAACAUGUAGUAAAAUGGGUGCCAUUUGUGGCGGUUUUACGCGUGACCCACAAGUUUGUUGUGAAGUUUUAAUUUUAUCAAAUUUAAGUCUAAGUUUAUCUAAAAUACAUUACAGUGUAAGCACUGUUAGUCUGAAUGCAUUUAAGUUAGGAGAAGGUCCGCAUUGGGAUGAUAGUCGUCAGGUGCUAUGGUUUGUUGACAGCAAUGACUAUCAGGUCUGUCAAUUGAAUGUCAGCACAAAACUGAGUGAAUGUCAUAAGUUUGACGAUUUGAUAAGUUUGGUUCAUCCAUAUGAUAAUGGAGAUGACCUAUUGGUGACCAUACGAAACAAAUUGUUACGAUUUAACUGGACAUCCAAAGAAGGUUAUUAUGUGGCACAAGUAGCCCCUCAACUCAAUGGUAAAGAAAGAUUCAAUGAUGGAAAAGUAGAUGCUUUGGGACGGCUAUGGAUUGGAACAGUAUUGGAGGGCAAGAGUGGGGUUAUUAAGGGUAAAGGAAACCUUUAUAAGUGGGAAAACGGAUCGUUUGUUAAGAUGUCGGACGGAUUUUAUCUCACAAAUGGCAUGACUUGGAGUCCGGACAACAAACAAAUGUUUAUCAAUGACUCUGAGGAUCGCAAAGUAUAUGCAUUUGAUUUUAACUUAGAAUUGGGAACAAUAUCAAACAAAACUAUUUUAAUUGACGGCAAUAAUAGCACAGAUUUGACUGUCAAUGAUUAUCCGGACGGACUAACAAUUGAUAGAUCGGGCUAUUUAUGGAUCGGUUCGUAUUCAAACGGUAGAGUAUUUCGUGUCGACCCUCAAAAUGGAGAUGUUGUAGACUCGGUGUCCAUUCCCUGUCCAUUAACAACAACCCCAGUGUUUGGUGGACUCAAUUUUGAUGAAAUGUUUGUCACAACGGGUUAUUUAAACGGCGAUUCCGAUCAGCGAUUAAAAUAUCCGACCUGUGGUCAAGUGUAUCGUAUAGUCGCACUCGACUCCAAUCAAUUUGUCGGCGAUAUUAUGUUUACAAUAAAAAAUUAA